AUGGAUGUUUCCAGACGGAUUGAUGAAGGAAUUAUGAUGGAAGGUUGGCUCUAUCUCAUCCGCUCCAAUUUUUUUGUAUUCAAAUACUCACGAAAGCUAUACUACGUUCUUCAACAUCGCCAUUUCAACAGCUUCAAAUCCAUCUCUCAUUCUUAUAACAAGGAUCCUAUUAGAAGUGCAGUUGUGGAUUCCAGCAUUCAUGUAAUGGACAAUGGAAGGAACUGCAUCCGAGGAAAGGUCUUCUUUGUUUUCACACUUUAUGAUACUUCAAACCAUGAUGCUCAUGUGAAGUUAGGAGCAAACAGUCCAGAAGAAGCUGCAAGAUGGAUCAAAUCUUUCCAGGAAUUAUCUCAAGAGGUGAACCAGAAUUCAGGGAACUUUUUGCAUUGUCUUGGGUCAACCUAUUCUGGUAGAGUGUGUAAUAAAAUUGGCCUUGAUGAUAUCCUCUCUUUAGCCUCAAUCACGGAUCCCAGGACUGCUGACAUUUAUGAACCAUCAUACUGGAUGAUCUUUGGUUGUCACAAUGGUCUCAGGCUAUUUAAACAAGCAAGAGAUCAAGAAGGUCUUGAUAAGAGAGAUGGUCAUCCUGCAUUGGCAGCUGCUAGUGUGAUGGAAGGAACCCCAGAGGUCAUUUUCCAGACACUUAUGUCUCUUGGUUCUUCAAGAUCACAAUGGGACUUCUGUUUCCAGAAGGGUAGUGUGAUUGAAAACAUAGAUGGACACACUGAUAUUAUUCACAAGCAAUUAGAUGGUGAUUGGUUGCCUUGGAGUAUGAAACGAAGAGAUUUACUAUUGCUGCGGUAUUGGAGGAGGGAGGACAAUGGGACAUACAUCAUUCUUUAUCAUUCCGUACUUCACAACAAGUGCCCCCCUCAGAAAGGCUUUAUUCGUGCUUUCGUUGAAUGUGGAGGGUAUGUGAUAUCUCCAGUGAAUCAAUAUAAACAAUCAGUUGUAAGACACAUGCUUGCUAUUGAUUGGAAAUUCUGGAGAUCUUAUCUACAAAAAUCUUCAGCUCGUUGCCUCACAAUUCGCAUGCUCGGGAGACUUGCUGCUUUGAGAGAACUUUUCAAAACAAACUUGGCCAAUCACUUGUUGUCCGAGUUCUCUUCACAAGAACUGAAGAAAGAUAGCAUGCUGCAUCAGACAUAUAAGGAGUAUAUGGAGGGUGGAUUGGUUCACAUUUCUUCGAAUCCCUCAAACCUUGUACAAAUUGAUGAUCAGUCAGAUGAAUUCUUUGAUUUUGCAGAACCUUUGUUUGAUGAUGAAUCAGAAGGUUGCUGGGGUGCCGAUAAUGGUCCGCAAUUAUACUCUCAGGAUACAUGUAACGUUAAGCCAUGCACCUCAUUUGCUAAUGUUAUUGCGGAAAAGAAGCAUGAAUUUGUAUGUGAAUUGACAUUAGAUACUAGAUCUCUAUAUGCGUCAAUGCAGAGAAAGGGUUGUGCAGACCUAGAGAAGCUUGUGUGGGAUGAAUGUGUCUCAUGCAACUACACAAUCACUCUUCCAGAAGAUCAAACUGGUAAUCUGGCCAACAGUUGGUCAGCAUCAGAACCUUCUUUAUUUCAACUUCGAGGAGAAACGUUUUUGGAAGACCGUAAGAAGAUUACAUCAGAAAGUACAUUGCUGCAAACGGUUGCAGUGGAUUGGCUGAAAUCAGACAAGCGAGAAGAUGAUCUUGCUAGUCGACCUGGGAACAUUGUCCAGAAAUACGCAGCUGAUGGUCGUCCAGAAUUCUUCUUUAUUGUCAACUUUCAGGUUCCAGGUUCAACAACUUACAAUCUUGUUUCCUACCAUAUGACAAGUACCCCUAUAAAAGAUAUACCCUUGCUAGAGAGAUUUAUAGAAGGAGACGAUGCAUUUAGGAAUUCAAGAUUUAAGCUCAUACCUCAUGUAUCUAAGGGACCAUGGAUUCUCAGGCAUACUAUUCACAGGCCCACUCUGGUUGGUCAUAUGCUCAAAAUCAACUACAUCCGUGGGAAGAACUACUUGGAGAUGGACGUGGACGUUGGUUCAUCAGCAUUUGCGAGGGGGUUGGCUAGCAAAACUUUCAGUUGCUUCACUAGUUUGAUAAUUGAAAUAGCAUUUGUUUUACAGGCAAACACAGGAGAAGAGCUUCCAGAGCAUCUAUUUGGAGCAUUUCGUCUAAACUAUCUGGAUAUCUCUAAAGCUUGUUGGGCAAAUCCAUGAUCUAUAUAUACAUACCAUACAGUUGUUGUAUAAAAAUGACAGAUACUAUCAAAUUGAAAGCUGAUGAUCAAAGACUUACACAUCUUUUUUUAUAAAGAAA